AUGGCUACCGCCGAACCACUGCAGAACGGCACCGCCGGAAACCUGCUAUCCCCGAACAAUGUCUCUGCCUCACAAUCACCGGCAGAGACGGAGGCUGACACCACCGCGGCGGCCCCUCUUCCAGAGAGGAGGUGGCCGGGGUGGCCCGGUGACUGCGUGUUCCGUCUCAUCGUGCCCGUGGGGAAAGUUGGGAGCAUCAUAGGGCGCAAGGGAGAGCUGAUAAAGAAGAUGUGUGAAGAGACACGAUCUCGCAUUCGCGUUCUGGACGCUCCUCUCGGCACUCCUGAUCGAAUUGUACUUGUAUCUGGGAAGGAAGAACAAGAGGCAGUUCUUUCCCCUGCAAUGGAUGCAGUGAUAAGAAUAUUCAAGCGGGUCUCUGGAUUAUCUGAAACUGAUGCUGAGAAUAAAGAAUCUGCUGCUGGUCUUGCAUUUUGUUCCAUCCGUUUAUUGGUUGCAUCGACACAGGCUAUUAGUUUAAUUGGAAAACAAGGCUCGUUAAUCAAAUCUAUUCAGGAGAAUACCAGUGCUUCUGUUAGAGUGCUGUCAGGAGAUGAGGUGCAAUUUUAUUCAACUGCGGAUGAAAGGAUUGUGGAAAUUCAGGGAGAAGCCUUGAAGGUCCUUAAAGCUCUGGAAGCAGUAGUAGGCCAUCUGAGGAAAUUUUUGGUUGAUCAUAGCGUUCUUCCCCUGUUUGAGAGAAAUUUCAAUGCACCAAUCUCGCAAGACCGUCAAACAGAGACUUGGUCUGACAAGUCAUUGCUGCAUAGUACUUCACGUCCCAAUGUAUUUCCCGAUAUGCCUCUUUCAACGAAAAGGGAGUCUAUCUUAGCUGAGCGUGAAAGUCAAUUGGACUCAUUAUUCCCUUCCUCCACUAUGUCUCUCUAUGGGCAGGAUUCUUCACUUUCUAGUGUUCGUUCUUCUGCUUUAGGCCGUCUUGGUGCACCUAUUGUUACUACGGUAAUACAAACAAUGCAAAUACCACUAUCCUAUGCGGAAGACAUAAUUGGUAUUCAAGGGACUAAUAUUGAUUACAUUCGCCGCACUAGUGGUGCUGUAUUGACUGUGCAAGAGAGCAGAGUGCCUGAUGAAAUCGUUGUAGAAAUAAAAGGCACCUCAUCUGAGGUUCAAACAGCACAACAGUUGAUUCAGGAUUUUAUAAGCAGUCACAAAGAACCUGCCACUAUCAGUUACGGCAGGCUAGAUGCAGGUUCGAGAUCUUCAUACUCUCACUUGGGCACUUCAUCACGCCUCCCAUCUUCGUUGUCAUCACAAUCAUACACAAGUUAUGGAGGUUCUGGUCUUGGAGACUACAGUACUUUCAGGCUUUGA